GCCGCAGGUAAAAUACGGCACGGCGGGGCGAAGGAGCGAAUUUACCGAGCGAAGCUUUAGUAUGAGCCGAAUGUGAACGCGUGUGUUUGCGCCACGACACCGAAACACCCGCGUUCAGCCACCGAGAGUACACGGAGAUCGAUGAAGUGCGCGUUAUAAGGCGUCAUAAGGAGAUUAUUGAACUUUCGGGCUACUUCCGCCAUCCUCAACACCUGAAGUUGCGCUCAAAACAACCGAGGAUUUGACCCGAGCCUAUGCGGUCCUGAAUGUGGUGAGUUAUGCCUGGCCACAGCACAGGAACCCAUAACAAGACGCGUCCUUACAGCUCAAGCCGUUCUCGGGCUGACGGCUACAGGCAAAACCGCACAUGCUCCAAGGACAGCAGCACCAGUCAGGAGACCUAUAAGGACGCCUACAGCGAGCAGCCUCGCAGCACAGACUCUCAACUCCCUCGAAAAUCACAUUCACAAUAUGCCAACGGACGAGGAUCAGAAACCCUGGGCUUUAUUCCCGGAUCUGCAGACUCCCCUCAGGGCACGCAAGCCUGCGGAUCAUGUGCUUCUCUGGGCUGGAGUGACUGUAAAGCUCUGCUGUGCUGUAUUCUCACAUGUGGGCUCUACGGGUCACGCAAACCUUGUUUACCACCAGACGAAAGCUCCACCGACAACUCUUUAAAAGCUGAACCAGAACCCAAGAAGACUAAUGGAUUGAUGGCAUUAUCAAAUCCAACAUCCGGUAUAAAUCUUGAACCCAGCAAGCCGAGGAAGUUACCCAACUCCGACAGCUUCAAAUAUCCCGAUGUUUAUUUCGCCGGAAAAAAGGUGGAGUAUCCCAUAAACACAGAGGCGCCUCCGCGACGGACCAGGACUACAGGGAAAAGUGAUAAUCAGCGGCCGAUCAGCAAUACUAGCAUCUACUCGAGGGAGGAUCUGGAUCUGGAUGAUUUAGACGACGGCGGCACCGAUAUCGACUCGCUGAUCACCAAGAAGCUUCUGGAACUUUAUAAAAUGCACCAGAUCGAGCAGCUUGCCAAAUGCACGUCUGAUGUGUCGUUUUCGCGUAAAACCAACGAGAUUAGUGAUCUGAUCAACAGCAUUGCUCAGGAUUACAACCUGGAGGAGCAGGAGGCCGAGUGUCGGCUGGUGCACGGCGUCAUACGCAUUAGCACGCGCCACAAGUCCUCCAAGGGCUACAAAAGCAAAGACAAUAAAUCACACGACGCGGUGCAGCAUACUAACGGGAAGAGGGACGCAACGCUGCCUGACAGUGGGAACGAGACCAUGACCUUCACCUUCAGUGACGGGGAUCCCGAGAUGUUUGUGUCUGACCUGACACCAUCAGAUGAGCUUGUACGAAAUAUGAAAGGCAACAUCAGGAAAAAUUACUACUCGAGCUCGGCCACAGAUUCAUCAGGAGCUCCACUGUUACGUUAACACACACACACACACACACACACACACACACACACACACACACACACACACACACACACAC